AUGGGCAAACCGGAGAGGAAAGUCAGAGAGAAAACAUGCUCUUCGCCCUCUUAUCUUCUUCGCUGUUUUGGUAUUUCUUGGAAGAUACACUCACACAAACAAACGCUAGAGGAUGGUCACGAGAACAAGAAGAAAACGAGGAGUCGUUGGUUUUCUCGAGCGAAAGCAUUCCGUGUGAAAAAAACCUGCGAGAUCACAACCACGACGAUUGGUGAGACGAAGAAACAUAACUUGAUUACUGAAGAUGAUAAGCAAAACCUGUUUCGGGUGAUACGUCAAGUUACUGAUCCGAAGAACAUAACUGCCGUUGGGCAUGAAACUAAAGAGAAAAACACUAGUCAGCAAAGAGACAUAAACCCGGAACCGUUGACUUUGUCAGGAUACGACAUGUGUUACGAACAGGCAUCAGUUCGUGUCGUUCGUGUCGGUAAACUCGAACCGACUAAACCUUUUGGGUCCGGGUCAAAGCGGGAGAAGUCUUCACGGGUCAAGAAAGCGUCGCGGGUUGACCCGUUAAUUGGAAUAUCAAUCAUAAUGCUAACGCUAGUGAUCAUGUUGAUGUGGGGACGUUUGUGUGCGAUUCUUUGUACGUGUACUUGGUGUUACUUUCUACCUCGUCUCAAACGCAAACGCAAUGGUGGCGGUAAAACUGAACGCAAAGAUGAUUUGGAUUUGAACUCACCAGCUUAUAAGAAAAAAAUCGUUUUGGAAGGAUUUCUGAUACGACAGCAACGUCGUGUUUAG